GGAGGAGCACCGAGUGGAGGGCUCGCUUGCCGGGGCCGCCCGAAGGCGUCUUCAGUGCGGGCGCUGGGGCCGCCAUCUUAGAUGGCAGGAGUAAGACGAGAAAGAGCGUGAGAAGCGAAGGCUUCCCUGCCGCUCUUCUUGGGCCCCGAAGAGGGCCAGCUGGCCGGGCUUUGGGGUGUGUGCCCUGAGGUGCGGAGUGCGAGAGCGACGAUGCGAGGGCUGCCCGGGGCCCCGUCCCCUGGGCUGGGGACGCGCCGAAUGUGACCGCCUCCCGCUCCCUCGCCCGCCGUGGGGAGGAGGAGCGGACCAGACGCCACUGCCGGACGACUGGACACAGAGGCGGCCGGGCUCCCUCAGGUUUAAGUAUUGUGUAAGCUGCAUCAAUGGAGCACAUACAGGGGGCCUGGAAGACGAUCAGCAAUGGUUUUGGAUUCAAAGAUGCUGUGUUUGAUGGCCCCAGCUGCAUCUCCCCUACAAUAGUUCAGCAGUUUGGCUAUCAGCGUCGGGCAUCAGAUGAUGGCAAACUUAUGGACCCUUCUAAGACAAGCAACACUAUCCGUGUUUUUUUGCCAAACAAGCAAAGAACAGUGGUCAAUGUGCGGAAUGGAAUGAGCUUGCAUGACUGCCUUAUGAAAGCUCUCAAGGUGAGGGGCCUGCAACCAGAGUGCUGUGCAGUUUUCAGAUUUCUCCACGAACACAAGGGUAAAAAAGCACGUUUAGAUUGGAAUACUGAUGCUGCCUCGUUGAUUGGAGAGGAACUUCAAGUAGAUUUCCUGGAUCAUGUUCCACUCACAACACACAACUUUGCUCGGAAGACCUUCCUGAAACUUGCCUUCUGUGACAUCUGUCAGAAGUUCCUGCUAAAUGGGUUUAGAUGUCAGACUUGUGGCUACAAGUUUCACGAGCAUUGUAGCACCAAAGUACCUACUAUGUGUGUGGACUGGAGUAAUAUCAGACAACUCUUGCUGUUCCCAAAUUCCAUUGUUGGUGAUAUUGGGGUCCCAGUACUGCCUUCUUUGACAAUGCGUCGGAUGCGAGAGUCUGUCUCCCGGAUGCCUGUUAGUUCCCAGCACAGAUACUCCACACCCCACGCUUUCACAUUCAACCCCUCCAGCCCCUCCUCUGAAGGUUCCCUCUCCCAGAGGCAGAGGUCGACGUCCACACCUAAUGUCCACAUGGUCAGCACCACCUUGCCCGUGGACAGCAGGAUGAUUGAGAAUAACAGCCUGAAUGCUUCUCCCAGGGCGUGGUCCAGACGAUUUUGUUUGAGGGGAAGAGAUGCAAUUCGAAGUCACGGUGAAUCAGCCUCACCUUCAGCCUUGUCCAGCAGUCCCAACAAUCUGAGCCCAACAGGCUGGUCACAGCCCAAAACCCCUGUGCCGGCACAGAGAGAGCGGGCACCGGGAUCCAGCACCCAGGAGAAAAACAAAAUUAGGCCUCGUGGACAGAGAGAUUCAAGCUAUUACUGGGAAAUAGAAGCCAGUGAAGUGAUGCUCUCCACUCGGAUUGGGUCAGGCUCCUUUGGGACUGUUUAUAAGGGCAAGUGGCAUGGAGAUGUUGCAGUAAAGAUUCUAAAGGUUGUUGACCCCACACCAGAGCAGUUCCAGGCCUUCAGGAAUGAAGUGGCUGUCCUUCGCAAAACCCGGCACGUGAACAUCCUGCUCUUCAUGGGGUACAUGACGAAGGACAACCUGGCAAUUGUGACCCAGUGGUGCGAGGGCAGCAGCCUCUAUAAACACCUGCACGUCCAGGAGACCAAGUUCCAGAUGUUCCAGUUGAUUGACAUUGCCCGGCAGACGGCUCAGGGAAUGGACUACUUGCAUGCAAAGAACAUCAUCCACAGAGACAUGAAAUCCAACAAUAUAUUUCUCCAUGAAGGCCUGACGGUCAAAAUUGGAGACUUUGGUUUGGCAACAGUGAAGUCGCGCUGGAGUGGUUCUCAGCAGGUUGAACAACCCACCGGCUCCAUCUUGUGGAUGGCCCCAGAGGUGAUUCGAAUGCAGGACAAUAACCCGUUCAGCUUCCAGUCCGACGUCUACUCUUACGGCAUCGUGCUGUACGAGCUUAUGACGGGGGAGCUGCCCUACUCCCACAUCAGCAACCGCGAUCAGAUCAUCUUCAUGGUAGGCCGAGGGUACGCCUCCCCAGACCUUAGUAAGCUGUACAAGAACUGCCCCAAAGCAAUGAAGAGGCUGGUAGCCGACUGUGUGAAGAAAGUUAAGGAAGAGAGGCCUCUUUUUCCCCAGAUCCUGUCUUCCAUUGAGCUGCUCCAACACUUUCUACCGAAAAUCAACCGGAGCGCUUCUGAGCCAUCCCUGCACCGGGCGGCCCAUACCGAGGACAUCAAUGCCUGCACGCUGACCACAUCCCCUAGAUUGCCUGUCUUCUAGUUGACCCUGCACCUGCACUCAGGCCACCAGGUGGGAAGGGAAGUCAGCAGGCAUCACCUUUUUGCGGGGACAGAGCUCGUCUUCAGAGAAGCUGCUGCUAAGGACCUUCUAGACCACUCACAGGGCCUUAACUUCACGUUGCCUUUUCUAUCCCUCUGGCCCUUGGGAGGAGGAAGCCAUUUGCAGUGUUGGUUUGUCCUGUUCCCCCACAACCCCUGUGCUCAUGAGCCGAGCCUCCUUCAGAUGCACCGGUGGCUGCUGAUGGCAGUACAUGAUCUGGGGCCCCAGCUGUUAGAGUAUUUUUAGGGCAAGAAAAAGCACUCAGAGGGGAAAUGCAGGUAGCAGGCAAACCAGCCGUGAUGUGGGGACAUGUGGAUUUUGGAAAUCAGCUCCUGUGAGGAACGCUUAUCACAGGACUUCUCUUCAGAGAUACGUGGUGUGGCACCAAACAGGUAGUUUUGCACAUAAUGCACCAAACAGCCCAGGACUGUCGAGACCGUGGCAGCCUGGAGGAGCCUGCUUUGGUACUAUGGACUUGACUUUGGGGACACUGCCUUUUCUUGAAGGUCUCUAGUGCUUUGGGAUGGUUUUCCAGAAGAGGUGCUUGGCCUGCCCCUCCCAGUCUCCGCCCUCUCAGGGAGCAGUCUUCCAUUGUGCUGAAUUUGUCUUCCAGGAGCUGCCCCUAUGGGGCGGGGGCGGGCCCCCCCACCCCUGCCCCGCCAGCCUUGUCCCUACAUCACAUCGUAUACAAGGAAGCCAGGAACACAGGUUUUCUUGGGUUUAAUUUUGUUUUUAUUGCGCCUGACAAAAUACAGUUAUUCAAUUUGUUAUUUUAAUAAAAUAAAUUAAAUGUAGGUUUAAUGGCUGUUUCCUCCUUUUAAAGUAAUCCUGAGCUCACAGCUUGAACUCCAUUUUGUUCAUGCCUUUGGGAGCAGAACUCAAGAAACAGGAAAUGGGCCCAGAGCCUCUGCUGGGAAUUGAAUUCAGCCUUUGUCACCCUUCACUUAAGAACUCCAAACUCAGGUAAAGAGGAGACUUUCUUCUUUAAAGUAAAGUAAUGCAUUUUAUAAAACAUUUGGUGUCUACAGCUGUCUAUAAAAAUAGAUAAUUUAGGCUUGGAUUGCGUUCUGAUUCACAAGGUUAUGCUCCUUCAAUUAAAAUCACUACUGAUUAAAAUCACUACUGAUGACAGAAGACUUGUACUCUCUUCAGGACCACCGCUAGAUAAGAACCAGAAACUGUUCUUGGGUGCUGUUUUUAUGAAAUUUAAAAUCAAAGCCAGGUUUUACAGAUAAGAACAUACAUGAACCCUCAGGGCACAAGCCAGCAGGUGAGAGUUUCCCUGGAGGCAUGUGUGCAAGAUUACUCCGAUUGUGACCCUACCCUACCACAGACCGGAAAAGAGGGGCCAUAUCUCUGCUUCCUGCUACUUCAAGAGCCCCCCCACCCCACCCCCAGGUAAGAAGGUUUAUACCUGUCUGCUGAACGUCCUGCAACAAGACUUCUCCCCUGAUUUGGGACACUGCAGAGCCCUAAGUCAAGUUUGUGCUAAGGUGUGCAGCGCUCACUUGGUUUUUGAAAAGCAAUAUACAAAUCCAGUGUUGACCACACUAUUUCAGUAUACUAGGGAGGUUCACCACACAGGAAUCCUUUGGUAAGAUAAAUGAAUCUGCUGCUUUAGGGGCAGCUGCACAGUCCUCGAAGACGGGAGGCAGGCUAGUCUGAAUCAAUCAGUGAAAACGCUGGCUCGUCAGCUGGCCCCCCUGAGGAGUUUGAGGUGCAACUAACAUAAACAGCAACUAGGGAAGCAGCAAUUCCAUAUAUGUGUUCAGGUUAUUUUAUAUUCUCACCCUUCCCAUGGCUGUAAUAAUGGAGUGGAUGAGACCAAGGUUAAAUACAACCCCACUCAAAUUCAAGUGACACGCCACCCCAGGCUGUCGUGAAGGAAGCUCUGCACACCCUGGCUUGGGGAAGCCUCGGCUGGUGGAGCCGAAGACGCAGGGCGACCACCUACUCUUCAGGGUUCUGAUGACUCCACUCCGGAGAGGUGCAUGAAGAGGUCCCCAAGCUCUGUCAUGUCGACGUCUUCAGUGUUGUGGACAUGCUGGCUUUCUCGGUUCUCAAUGAAAUCCCAGAGCCGCACUGAAUUAAAGAACUGCAAAAACAGCCAGCAAACAUGCCUGGUUAUUGCUAAAGGCAACGUGAAAGCUGAGUAGCUUCUAUUUUGUUUGCCUACCACAUGCCCUUCUGCCAAAGCUACGAGGAGGGGCCAGGAGCAGUCCCCGGAAAUGCCUACAGGUGAGUGUUCCUGACUAGAGAUGGCGAAGUCCUUACCCUCACGGUGCCUUCAGAACUGAGCUGUUUCCGAGGUUUCUCUGGUUCUGCUAGCCGCCCAUCAGGGUAAGCAUGGCGGUAAAGGCAUUUGCUUCCAAAUGGGCAGGUCCCUUUGCCUUGCUCAAAGUAUUUACAAGCUUUUUUUCUGAAAAGCAGAAAGAAAGGAUCAAAAGAGCAGUGGGAAAAUCUGGGGUGCAGAUGAACCACUGUCUUCCUCCAUCCCUAUCAGAGCCAGGUCAGCCUCAGGUCAGAGGGGCUGAAAAUGAGGCUCAGAGAGGCUGGAUGCUGAUUUCCAAGCUGGACAGUACUUGCACCACGAUAUGCUGCCUCGCGUGGAAUUGAACGUGCACGGGGCCGCCACUGUGUUUUGAGCCUGCAGUGCUCCAAAGGCCUCCAGGGGCAGGUAGGCCUGAGCAUUCCUCUGGGCCAGCUGUCUGGGCUCCCAGGUUCUGAAGCUGGGCUACUUGCCUCAGCUCGAAGUCCCAACAGGAGCUUCACCCAGGAAAGUUCUCCUUCCUCCUGGCCAGCAAUGACGUCAAGGUGACCACAGGAAGCCUUCACUUAGGAGUCACAGGGAAAGCAGCAGGCUUUAGCAGCUGCCUAAAGUUACAAGUCUCAUUCCAAUUUUCCUUGCUCCCCACCCUCCAGAGCAGGGCUUCGUAACUCUAUGUGCUACAGAACCCUUCUCGGAACAAUGUUUUUAAAUGCAUAAAAGAAGACACAUAGGUCUACAAAAUACAGUUAUCAGAAAGUUAAAAAAGAUUUCCCCCCAUCUUCAGUUUCUAGCUACAGACCCCUAUGUUACGAACCCCUGCUCCUGAGGAAGCUCAGAACCAAACAGACAACUCCCAUUCCUUCUCGCUGAAAUGAAAUUUGGCUUAUGUAAUCAUAAGUGAUCCCACAUUGCCGAGGAAGAGAUGCCCGAGAAGCCAGAAGGGCGGGGAAGGUGCAGAAAUGAAGCCAAAUCCCAGCAAAAAGGGCAGGCUGCUGCGGGGAUGGGGUACGUGGCGGUGGCAGACAAGGAAGGGACCUUCUUGACUUCAGUGUUCCCUGUUUUCUCAGACGAGGGGACAACAGCAGAGACAGUGGUGAAAGCCCCUGAGGCAGGCCUCAGAGCAGCACAAAGAAAAGCUCCCCAGCGGCUGUCCACUUCCACCAGGUCUGACUCAAGCACAGGUGACCGGGGAGUGGAUUUGAGCAGAAGUCUGUGGACCAGACGCCAUCCAUGGCCCACUGUCCCCAAGGUUCUGAGCAGAUCUUCAAAUGACCGCUCAAGUGGCAAGUUCUUAACAGGGUCUGCGGGACGCUGGCUUUAACAAACUCGUCAGGUUCAAAACAUUAUUCUCUGGUCCCCACCCCAAAAUGAUCACCCCCCUCCCCCAGCCUUAUCUGGUUACCAGGGACAUAAGCCUCCAGAUCACUCCUACUCCAUCUCUGUUCUCAGCACCCACAUCCAAUUGUGACUUCUGCCUACAAAGCACCUCCCCAGUCGACCAUCCUCUCGGUUCCCACACCGUUGAUGCGUUCGGGGCACCGUCCUCUGUUGCCUGCCUGCCUGCUGUGGUCCAGUCUCAACUGGCCUUCUCACCAGGUUCUACUCUCUUCACACACCUCAGAGGAGCUUCCCCAAACAGUGUGUCCCUUGUCGUCCUGUUCUUAAAGACCACUCAAGGCCCCUUCAGACUUGUGCCUGUGUCCCUGUAGGUCCCACAUCCUUCGAUACACUUCUUUCAACCCCCAGGGACCACGCCCACUGCUCCCCAAACACAAUCUGCACCAUUCUGCAUCCAUGUCAUCCCAUCUGCCAUCCCAGCCCCCAACCCCAACACACGGACUAUUCAUGCCUCAGGGCUCAGGGUCCCAUUCCCAUCCUGCUUUCCCUGACACUCCCAGGUGGAUCCCAGUGCCUUCUCUAUUGUGACAUCUGGCUCCGGCCUCUCAUGAUGAAAUCUGUCACCAGAUAACCUGCAUCAUAAUUGUCCUUCUGUAAUUUCCCAUGAAAUUUCUUACUGAUUUUUACUCUAUAUCCCACAUUGGUGUUUAGCUUGGGGGAACCUGGCCUGCAGCUCAGUAAAUGUCUGUGGAAUGCAUGAAAACACUGUCAUCAACAGAAAGCAAGGCCAGGAAGACCCAAACAGCAAUAACGUGACUUUUCGGAGAACUGCAGCAGAGCGCCUUUCUGCAGGCUGGACCCCUCUGCCUUGCCACUCCUGCCCUCUGGUGGACACACAAGAACAUCGCAGGAGGUAAAAAUGGUAAAACAAGAAGAUAUCAAGCCUUUAGUAAUCAAUAUGCAACUUAAAGGAACUAUUUAAAAAGGUAAUACACAGUUUCGCUUUUAGUACCCUUCCUGCAGAUGAACUAGAAAUACAGACAUUCUUAAAAGACCUGAAGGCACUGGAGAGUGAACAAAAGUAGGAUUCUUCAAGAGAUUAGACACCUGGAAGAAUGGAAUGGCAAGAGACGGAGUUAUCUUUUUAAGAAAAAAUAGCACUUAACGUAGAGCAGGCUCCAGGCAAGUAUCUACGUGGGGUGGCUAAAACUCAAGUGGAAAAAUCAAGUCUUUCUGGCCUGAAGAACAAAAGGAGUUGGUGGAAAUCAUCUACUGCAAGAGAGGAAACAGUCCCCCAAAGAAAAGGGCCUGGAGAGGGACCCAUCCAAAUACUGCAUACUAAGUCCUCCCAAAUCCCAGGCCAGUCCCUAACCCACACAUCAAUGCAGCAGGCUCAAGGCAACUCAGCUAAGGAUAAAAAAACUGAACUGAGAUUUGAACUGCUGCCCAAGAGUUUGAGUCGAAACAAUUUCUCUGCCUAUUAAAACAAAAACAUUAACGUUUUAUAAAUGAACCUAACAGAAUCCAGAGUCUCUACAAGGUCAGAUUUACAGUGUCUAGGUUACAAUCCAAAAUGACUCAACUCAAUGAAGAAUCAGUAAAAUGUGACCCAUUCUUAAAGGACAAUCAACAGAGUCUAACUUCAAGAUAACAAGGAUUUCAAAUUAGCUACUAUACAUGUGUUCAAGAACAUGUGCAGAGAGGAAAAAAGACUGGAGGAAAAAAAAGAACAGAGCCUGAAACUUAUAGGACAAUAUAAAAAAGUCUAUCACCUGUAAUUAGAAUCCCAGAAGAAAAGCAGUGUAGUAAAAAAUGUGAUGAAACAAUGGCCAGACUUUCUCUAAAUCUGGUGAAUAAUAUAAACUUACAAAUUCAGAGAAAACCAAGCAGUAAAAUAUGAAAAAAAUCACUCCUAGGCAAAGUAUCAAACUGCUGAAAACCAGGAUAAAGACCCAGAAAAAUGACAUACUACAAUCUGAAUCACACAUGACUUCUUAUCAGAAACUACAGAGGCCAGAUUAUACAGUGGAACGACAUUUGCAAAGUGCUGAAAGAAGAGAGGGGAAAACCCCAAACUAUUAUCUCAGAAUUUUACUCACUGAAAGAGGCGGCAAACAUGUGAAUAAGACCAAUUAGACCAAUAAAUUCAAUGAAAAUAUCCUUCAAGAAUGGGGGGAAAAAAACCCUAUUUCUGAUAAAAAGAAAACCUUCAAACUCAUCACCAGCAGAUCAGCAAAAAUGUUAAAGGCAGUUCUUGAGGCUGAAGGGCAACUGUAUCAACUGGAAGGAAUUACAUACCAAAUGACAGAGCAUUGGAAAUAUUAUAUAUCUGACAAGUUUUAAGGCAGAAGUUAUUAUUACCUUGUGAGGUUCUAAUGCAUGUCAAUAUUACAUCCCAUACAUUACAGUAAAGUUGCAGGAUACAACAUCAAUAUACAAAAAUCAGUUGUUUUUUCAUAUACUACCAAUGAAGUAUCAUCAGAAAGAGAAAUUAAGAAAACAAUACCAUUUACAACUGCAUUAAAAAGAAUAAAAUACCUAGAAACACCAAGGAGGUUAAAGAGUCAUACACUUGAAAACUGCAAGACACUGAUGAAUGAAAUCAAAGACAACACAUAAAUGGGAAGAUACUCCAUGCAUACGGAUUAGAAGAAUUCUGUUAAAAUGUCCAUACCACCCAAAGCAAGCAAUCUCUACCAAAAUUCCAAUGGCAUUUUUCACAGAAAUAGAAAAAACAAUCCUAAAAUUUGUACAGACCCACAAAGUCCUGAACAGCUAAAGCAAUCCUAAGAAGAACAAAGCUGGAGGCACCGCAUUUCCUGAUUUCAAAUUAGUUUACAAAGCUAUAGUGAUCAAAACAGUAUGGUACUGAACCAGACACACAGAUCAAUAGAACACCAUAGAAAGCCCAUAAAUAAACCUGUUCAUAUAUGGUCAAUUAAUUUACAACAAAGGAGCCAAGAAUAUGCAAUGAGGAAAGGACAGUCUCUUCAAAAAAUGGUGCUGGGAAAACUGGACAGCCACAUGCAAAAGUAUGAAACUGGACCACAAUCUUGUAUCACACAUAAAAAUUAACUCAAAGUGGAUUAAAGGCUUGAAUAUAAGACAUGAAAGCAUAGGCAACAAGCUCCCUGACAUCUGUCUUGGAGAUGAUUUUUUGGAUUUAACACUGAGAGCAAAGGCAACAAAAGCAAAAAUAAACAAGAGGGACCACAUGAAACUAAAAAGCUUCUGCAGAACAAAGGAAACCAUCACAAAAUGAAAAGACAGCCUACUGAAUGGGAGAAAAGAUGUGCAAGUCACAGAUCUGAUAAGGGGUGAAUAUCCAAAAUAUACAAAGAACUCAUACAACUCAGUAGCAAAAAAAAACCCAAUCAGAUUUAAUGGGCAGAGGAACUGAAGAGAUAGUUUUUCAAAGAAGACACACAAAUGGCCAUCAGGCACAUAAAAAGAUGCUCAAUCUCACUAAUCACCAGGGAAAUGCAAAUCAAAACCACAAUUAGAUAUCACCUCACACCUGUUAGAAGAGAUACCUGCACCCCCAUGUUCACUGCAGCAUUAUUCACGAUAUCCAAGAUAUGAAAACAAGUUGUUUAACAGAUGAAUGGAUAAAGAAUAUGUGGUAUGUGUCUGUGUGUAUAUACACACACACACACACACACACAAUGGAAUAUUAUUCAGCCACGAGAAAGAAGGAAAUCCUGCCACUUGUGACAACAUGGAUGGACCUUGAGGGCAUUAUGCUAAGUGAAAUAAGUCAGAGAAAGACAAAUACUGGACGGCAUCACUUUUAUGUGGGAAUCUAAAAAAAAAAAACUCAUAGAAAAAGUAGAAAAGUGGUUGCAAGAGGCAAGGGUGCAGGGAAAAUAGGGAGAGGUUGGUGAAAGGGUGCAAACUAUCACCUAUUAAGAUGAAUAAAGAUAAAACACAGUGACUCUGGUUGACAACACUAUUGUACAACUGAAAUUUGCUAAGACGGUAGAAAAAAAAAUUGUGAGGCAAUGGAUGUGUUAAUUAGCUGGAUGGGGGACUCCUUUCACAAUGUAUAUCAAAUUACCAUGAUGUACACUUUGAAGUAUUUCGUAAUUUUAUUUGUCAAUUAUACCUAAAUAAUAAAAAAUUAUUACCUUG